AUGGAACAAGGAGAUGUUGAUGCGUGUUCCAUUGGAACCAGGAUUGUGUUACUGUCUUCUUUUACUGGGGGCAGAAGAUAUAUGUUUAAUAAUUGUCAAGAUGCUAUGUCUAUUUGCAAACAAUAUGGUUAUCCUGAUUUAUUUAUUACUAUAACUUGCAACCCGAGUUGGCUGGAGUUUCAAAGAUACACUGAACGCUCUCAUAUUGCUAUAUCUGAUCAGCCUGAUCUUGCAUGUAGGUUGUUUGAGUUGAAAAUUCAAUCUUUGAUGACUGAUUUGAAGGAUGGAGUCUUCUUUAGACCUGUGAAUGCCGGGAUGUAUAGAAUUGAAUUUCAAAAAAGGGGUUUGCCACAUGCACAUAUUUUGGUUUGGCUUCAAAAUGUGAGUAGGUUACAAACAACUGAAAUCAUGGAUGAGGUUAUAUCAGUUGAGUUAUUGGAUCCAGUUAGAUUUCCAAAGUUGUAUAGUGUUGUUACCAAAUAUAUUAUUCAUGGUCCUUGUGGUUUUGAUAAAGAUGGUUAUCCAAUAUAUAGAAGGCGAAAUAUGGGGAUUACUUAUAGAAUAAAUGGUGUGGAUGUGGAUAAUCGAUUUGUUGUUCCUUAUAAUCCUAUGCUUCUUAUGAAAUAUCGAGCUCAUAUCAAUUUGGAGUUUUGUAACAAGUCAAAUGUCAUCAAGUAUUUGUUUAAAUACAUAAACAAGGGGCCAGACUGCAUCACUGCGUCAAUUAGAAAUGUACAAACUCAGGAAAAUGGUGGUCAAGAUGUUUAUGAGAUUAAGCAAUUCUAUGAUUGUCGCUAUCUAGCACCUUGUGAAUCUGCUUGGAGACUAUUUGCAUUUGAUAUUCAUCAUAAGUGGCCAUCUGUUCAGCAGUUGAUAUUCCAUUUGCCUGGAAAGCAGAAUCUAUUAUUCGCUGACCAUGAUAAGAUUCCUGAAAUUGUUGAGAAGAACAAGUAUAAGGAUACAAUGUUUACUGCGUGGAUGCGAGCUAAUCUUAAGUUUCCGCAUGGUAAUAAGUUAUUAUAUUCUGAAUUUUCAAAUCAUUUUGUUUACUUGUGUGAUUCUCAAGAAUGGGUUCCAAGGCAGAGAGGGUUCUCAAUUGGAAGGCUAACUUUUAUCCAUGUUGGUUUGGGUGAGAUAUUUUAUUUGCGUUUGCUGCUUAAUGUUCAAAGGGGUUGUAAAAGUUUUGAAAGUAUUCGCACUGUUGAUGGUGUUGUAUAUGAUUCUUUCAAGGCUGCGUGCAAUACUCUUGGUUUAUUGAGUGAUGAUCAGGAGUUCAUUAAUGCUAUUAAAGAAACUGCAGAAGUCUCAUCUGGUUUUCAGUUGCGUCAGUUGUUUGUUACACUGUUAGCAUCUAAUUCAAUGAACAAACCAGAGUUGAUUUGGAGAGACACUUGGAGAUUGUUAGCUGAUGACAUUUUAUAUUAUAGAAGACAGGAGUUGCAAUUGCAAGAGCUCGUGAUGAUAGAAGAGGAACUUGAAAUUCUUUGUUUGAUUCAAGUUGAAAAAUUAUUGCAAAUGAAUGGCAGAAGCUUGAAAGAUUAUUCCCAAAUGCCUUUUCCUAAUCAGGAUUUGGUUUCCCAUUUUUCAAAUUCUAUGAUUAUGAAUGAGAUGAAUUAUGAUGUAGAUCAACUUCGGAAAGAACAUGAUGUAAAUUUGGACAAAUUGACAGAUGAGCAAAAACUGAUCUAUGAGAGAAUAAUUGAUACAGUUACCAAUAAAAGACCUGGAUUGUUUUUUGUGUAUGGAUUUGGUGGAACUGGAAAAAUAUUUCUGUGGAGAUUGUUGUCUUUUCGUCUUUGA